UGCCAAGAAAAACAAGUCUGAACUCAGACUUUCUUUCGAAGUCGAUGGCUUCCUCCACUGGGGUUGAUUUGGACAGCUGGAUAUUAAAUUAUUAAAUAAGAUAAUGAUGCAACAGAAUUCUCGAAGAGGCGGACGGCCAAGCCGCUUUGAGCCCUCAAGUUUGCCUGGAGCUGGGUUACUUGGAGAUGCCCCAGGUAGAGGGGGCUUCCCUGCUGGAUUUAACCCUGCUAACACGUCACUUCUUGGGCAAGCCCCUGGCCCAGGUAAUCGUAGCAUGCAGAUGCCCAGUUUUGGGUCAGCAGGUCAAGGGACUGGCAUGGGAGUGGCCCAGAGCCUAAUGGGAAUGGGAGGCGCCAAGGGAGGCAACCAACAGAUGGCCAACAUUUUGCAGCAUCAGAAUGGCAUCAUGGGAAACUUCUUACAGCAACAACAACAACAGCAGCAUCAGCAACGUCGUCAACAGCCACAAAUGCAACAACCACAACAACAGCAGCGUCUGCCAACACAGAAUAUACGCGACACCCAACUCAACAUUGUCAACAGUCUCCUAAAGGGGGCAAUGUCGAAUCAGGGAGCAUCAGGACAAAUAAACAACCAGAUGAGAGCUGCCAACAGCAUUCUUGGUAACUUCCCUCGACCACCUGGUUCAAUGCCGGGGGGAAUAGCAGGAAUGAAAGGAGGAAAUUUCGGAGCUCAAAAUCUGGGUCAGAUGGCAGGUUUGGGGAGAAAAGCGCCCUCUGGCCUGGGCCUGCUAGAUAACCCGCCUAUUCCCUCCAUCUUUAACCUCAAUACUAAUCCGACCAAUCAACUUGCUCAACGAAAGAGGGCUGGGAUGAUGGACGGAAGGAACAGGUUUGAACCGGAUGUGAAGAGGUACCGUAAAGAUCUAGGGCAAUUCUCAACAGGGGGCAGUUUCAGUCAGAUUCCACCCCGCACCUUUGACCGUCCAGAUAAUAGAAAUGAUCGCCAUGACAACAACUUAAGAAGGUCAGUCCCAAGGUUUGCUGGCGGUAGACGGGACAGCAGUGGCAGUAGUCAUUCUGACAGAUCCCAGAAUUCUCGCUGGCAGCCUGCUCAAGGAGGCAGUACGCAACAGACCAGGGAUGUGUAUGACCCAGCUGAGCCCACCGAUGACCAGGAACAGAGGCGUGGAGGGAGCACGGAGGGGAGCCUGUCUGGAGAGACAUCACCCCUGGGGCUAGAGGAGGGGGACGGGGACUUCAGCGUCACCGUGGACAAGACGGGCCGUUCCAUAUCAGACAAAAAGGAGGAGAGGAAGCAGAAAUCCCAAGAAAAGAAAUCUCCGUACUUCUGCCAUACCUGUAAGGUGGAAUGUAACAAUAAAGCUAACUUUACCAGCCAUAUGCAGAGUGAGUUCCACCAGGAGAGACUACAGGACCUGCUGAACCUUACUAAGCAGAAGUCCUCCCAGCUCCAGGCCAGACUUAAGGCUGAGGCUCACCUCAGGACCAUUGAAGAGAAAGACAUAAAUGACAGGGAGGGGUAUUGUCAGACGUGUGAUGAACCAUACACUGGGUCUGUAAUAAGACACAGGAGGACGUCUUCUCACAAGCAGAGGGAUUCAAGUCAUAAGUCUCGCUGGGAGCACAACUUCAGGCAGCGAAACCAGGCCACUGUAACCAUGGUGACCAGGGACAAAACACCCACGGCUGCCAGUGCCAAGAUGAAGGAGAAAGUGAAGUGGCCGCGCUGUAGUGUAUGUGACCAAACGUUCAAGUCCCCCCUAAAAUUCGUGAAGCACUUGAACUCCCUCGCUCACAAGUCCGAUACAGAGAGAUCUGAUGAGGGACAUCUAGACCAGAACAAGAACGAUGCUGAUGAAGCUGAUAUGGAUGAGACUGAGACGAGGCCAACCGAGGGAGAUGAGACACAAAAUGAGACUGCCAUCCAGGGCAGGAGAGACUGUGCUGUUGUCCCUGUGUAUGAUGGUGUCACAGUUGUGGGUCAGGAAUUUGUGGUUCCCGUGUCAGGGUUCUUCUGUAAACUCUGCUACAAGUUUUACAACAAGGAGACGACUGCCAGAGUGACUCACUGCCUCUCAAAGACUCAUUAUGACAGAUAUCAGGAGUUUGUUGCUUCAAAAGGUACACAGGUUCAGAACACGGUGAAAAAUGAGCCUAUCUUCAUUGAACAAUCCCCUGCUGAGAAGACAGUUUUUGCCCAAUCUGCCGACACUGCAUCCGUCCAAUCAGUACUCAAAGAGAACGGCGUAAAAGUCAGGGAUGACGAUAAAACUCCAAAGAACUCUCCUGAUGAAGUUGAAAUGUUGCAGCGAAAAGAAGAGGAGAAGGAAGAUUCAGAUUAUCAAAACAUGCAUUUGUCAGAGAAAGACGAGGAAAUGUUGUUGGCUGAGGAGGAGAAUGAGCAGGGUGAGGAGUGCACCCAGGAGGAGAUGAAAGAUGAUCUCUCCGAUGCUGCAAGUCCAGAAACAAGGAGAAGUACCCGCAGCAGGAGAUCUAGACACUCGAGAAAGACUUAAGUGAGAGAAUGUCCAUGUUCUGAUUUAACCAUCCAAUCAGUCUUUUGUAGCCUGCUGAAGAUCGAUUGAUGCUAAAGAUGGAUUGCUUACGUAUAAUUUGGAUAGUCAAAGAAGUAUUUUUGAUCAGAUUUGUUGGUCAGUAAGAAACUGACUUAGAAGAACAGUUGUGAGGUUUUGCAACCAGAGUGUAGAGAUUCAAAAUGGAACAGUGAGAGAGGAAGUGUUCAUCAGAAAUGUAUGAAGAGCAAGUAUAAAGAAACAGGAAUAAAAAAAAAACAGUGGUAAGGUUUUGAACUAAAACGUUAGCGGUCAGACAGUUAUUGUUAUCAGAAAUGCAUGAGUCAUGAAAGACGCUGACUCAAAAGUUGUAAGUUUUGAAGCAGGAGGUUAAAAUUUGAACACUCAGAGAGUCAGUCUUCGUUAGAAGUGUGCGGUAAGUUAGUAGUGAGUAAAGAAACUCAUUUAGCAGAACAAACCAGAAAUUAAAAGGUUUGAUAGAGACAUUUGACAUUAUUAAACAUGUACUUUGUUUAGUCAAUAUCUCUUUUGAGACACUUCACAGCAUAAGGGAAGUUUUGCCAGUAUCUCAGUCACUUGACAUCAUAAAGCAUGGGCUGUGUCUGGCCAAUAUCUCAGAGAGACAUUUGACAUCACAAAGCAUGGGCUGUGUCUGGCCAGUAUCUCAGAGACUUGACAUCACAAAGCAUGGGCUGUGUUUGGCCAGUAUCUCAGAGAGACAUUUGACAUCAUAACCCAUGGGUUAUGUCUGGCCAUUAUCUCAGAGAGACACUUAACAGCAUCAGGUAUGUGCUAUGAUAGAUUCUGCGUGAAACACAGAUGACACUGUGGAGACAAGCCAAAUAUAGACAAGCUCAUUUGGAGAGUGCGCAUGUACCAGGCCAUAUCUAGAACAAAGGUUCUGCUCCCAGACUUAAAAGGUGACAUUGUGGACCAUGGGACAUCUUAUGAAUGUAACUCAAAGUAAUGCUUUCUUAUGCUGUUAAGUCUGUAAAUGAAAGACAUUUGUAUGAAAACUAAACUGUUUAUGGGUAAAACCAUCAUGGCUGCCCAACAGUUUGGGAACCCAGGUGUUUUCCAGAACUAAACUCACUCAAGAUAUGGCCUUGGAUGUAUAAUAGAAACACAGAAAAUUGUGUUACUCAUUCAGUCAGUGGUCUUACAAUUACAUGUAUAACCCAGGGAGAGUGCUUGGAAACAUGCUCACUGUAUCUGUUCUAGAAAUAGAUACAGGUCAAGGCUAUGAACCAGGCAUGUAAUAUUAAAGCACUCCUAUGUAAGCCAUGUUAACAUCUGAUACUGUGAGUGAUUUCACUGUGACAAAUUACUGGUUGCUCAUGGGCAGUUUUAUUGUCCUGUUGACCUCCAGCGUUAAGAUGAAUAGGCCUUGGUAGAGUUAGUUACGGCCCAAUUUGACUUGUUUAUCUGAACUUUAACUGACGACACAUUUUAAAGAAUAGAAAUUUAGAGUUUUGUGUCUGGCUGUUUAACAAACUUUGAUAUCUAAGAUUAUUGCCAAAUUGGAAUAGAGUCCGUUCCACUGACACCUCUUGUCUGGGGCUAGUUUCAAUAAACCCUUGCAAGGCUGCACCAAGGCAGUUGCUAUGGUGACGUUCAUGAAUAUAUGUAUCUUCACUAUAGGUUAUGCCCGGUGCAAUUCAUGACUUUUGGAGAAAAUUUUCCCAAGGUACAUGAAGGCUCUGUUCACUGAAUAUUAAAUGCCAGGACUUAUAUGAUUGAUUUUUACCAGUCACUGUUGAAGUGCCAACAUUUUUUUUUUUCUUUCAAAAGGACAUAAAACUAUGUAAAUGGUGAAUAGUUUUUAUGGGUGAAACUCGCAUGAUGUUAUAGUUAGGCUCAGUUUUCUGUCCAACUAUUUUUCCCAUUGUCACCCAUGGAGGCCUUUGCAAGAAUUGAGUUAUCCAUGCUCAUUUGGUAUUUCUUGUGAAUGGCAGAUUCAACAAGAAAUUGUCCAUCAGUCAAAUACGACUUGAGCUCAGAAAGCCAAUUUCUCUCCGUCAGUACAGCCCAUUAUGUAGAACGCUGAGCAGCUGUCAUGACUGUAAUUUGUUAUAAUUUGUACAAAAGAUUUAUUUGUUCUAAAAGUUUUACUACAUAUCUGGAGUACACCAUUCCAGUGACAGCUAAUUCUUGUGAAGAUACAUGGUCUGCUCGUUCAAAAAUGCUUUGGGUUUUUACCAGUAGCCUGAAAUUUAAGAUCUGCCGUUAGAAAGUUUUUUUUUUUCAAAAUUUAUGGCAACUAUGAUAUUUGACAACUGUUUUAUGUCAGCCAAAAAUUCAAGACUUUUCCAAAUACAACUGAUCAUUUAAUAUCUGGUACAUGUAUUAUUAUGAAAAUUGGAGAAAAGUUAAAAAUGCGUGAAUUUUCAUUUUUCUUUAAGGAGAAAAGGAUAUUUAAAUAUAAUUUUUGUAUAGUGAGUUUGGAGCCAUGUCUAGGUAUUAUUAUUUUUCUAUAUUUCUUUAUUGUUGCAAUGACCUAAAUCUAAUAAAUUUAUUGGAGCUUACAUUUGGGUCUUCUGACAGAUGUGUUAAAUUUUAUUCAUAUUUUACUAGUUUUCAAUAUAUUCCUAAAUAUUAUCACAGUUCCAAUUUAACACAUUUGUCUAGAUAUAAACAACCAAUUUACAUUCAGAUAAAUUUAUAAGACAUACAUCACAUCCUCAUUUGGAGCAUUGUUAUGCAAAUAUAAUACAUACGUACGAGUUGCAAAUGCCGACCGUACAAAAAUCUUUUUCAGAUAUCCUUUUCUCCUUGAGAAAUGAGAAAUAGAAGCAAAUAUUUAACACCAUAUUGCGUAAUAACAUUUCACACCUUGUCAUCUCAAGUUUGGAUCAUGUUUUCUUGUAUGUUAAACCUGAGGACAGCUUUGACUGGAACUCAACUCAGGUCUGUACAGUUGAUACUGUCUGGAAGUUCAAGUUCAAGUCAAUGCAUUAUUGAACUCUGUUCAGUCCCAGUGGCAGCAUAUGAGCCUUCUUGUCCAUAUUUCAUGUACUUAGUGAUCUUUGCCAUGGAUUUGUAAAUCCGCAACAUAUAUUUUGCCUUCUUGAGGAAGGAAAGAAAUUUCAACGGAGAUGUUGUUUUUUUUUUUAAAUGAGAUUUGGUGUCCAGAGUUGUAUCCUUCAUUUACCGUAAUGGCAUUUGGAGAUUUGUGCCUGUUCUGUCUGUGUCUGCCUGCGUGUUCUGUCUGUCUGCCUGUCUACCGGUUCUGUCUGUCUGCCUGUUCUGUCUGUCUGCCUGCCUGCCAUUUCUGUCUGCCUGCGUGUUCUGUCUGUCUGCCUGCAUGUUCUGUCUGUCUGCCUGCCUGCCAUUUCUGUCUGUCUGCGUGUUCUGCCUGCCUGCCUGCCUGUUCUGUAUGUCUGCGUGUUCUGUCUGUCUGCGUGUUUUGUCUGCCUGCCUGCCUGUUCUGUGUU